AAACCCUUUUGUCGACAAGAGAAUCGUUUCGGACAGGAUUACAAAGUUUACGAGAGAAGAAAGAAUGUUAAAAUGUAUGGACUCGCCUGCCGGUAUUUGAUGAUAGUGGGUGUGGAAGUAGAAUGA